GGCGGCUCCGAGAAUUUCACAGUAUUGUAAUGUUUACAUGCCAGUGUCGUUUCAUAGAAUAAGUAAUUUUAAAUUGUUAUCGGCGGAACCGGACAAUCGCAUGUAUUUAUGGAUUAUAAAUAAUUAUUAAAAAUGUAUUAUAAUAUUCAAAUUAUAAUUUUACGAAAUUUCAACAGCUAUUCACAAUUUAUUAAACUAUUUACUCGAAAUUGUUAUUAACAUCUAUAAAAUAAUUUUGUACGCCAAUGUAUCGCGUCCACUUCGGUGAGAUCCGCUGACAACCUGUCAAUUUAUGUGUAUAAAGUGGGAGAACUGGCAAAAGCAUUUUCAACUUUUACUUCUGUUCUACAUUCUAGUAAGAUAUUCCAGGCAUAUGUAUUUUUUAUAUGUUCUGCAUAUUCAUUUUUCAUAUUGUAUACGUAUCUCUGUAGAAUAUUGUGUUAUAUUUAACUAUUUUGUUUUAUUACCUGAACCAUGGCUGAACUUAAAACAGUUGUCAUUUCUAAGAAAAGGUUUUAGUGAUUGGUGGUCGCUAAACUUUGCCUUGACAACUGACGUUAUUAGUUUUUCCGUUUCCGGCAGAAAAAAGGAAGAAGCCAUCUUUUUAGAACUGAGGUUAAGACAGGUCAAAAUGUCGUCACAUCUCGUUUGGGGAAUAAUCCGCAACAACAAUGCUUUUCUUUUGAAGAAAAGGAACAUUUCGAAACCUUUCAGCACUGAACCCAAUAACUUAAUCAACUUAAGCUCCUAUCGUUACAAUGGUUUGAUUCAUAAGAAAUCUGUAGGAAUUGUAGGAGCUCCUGACAAAAAAGGAUUUACAGUUGUAUACAAGAAAGCAAGCAAACAGAGUAAGCCCAAGCAAAAUACCAUUAAGAGAACCAUGAAAUCUGGUCCAAGGAGGUCUUUGCACAAACUGAAAAGGCUUAUGAAUGCAAAUAGGUACCGCACAGAUCUUACCAAGGCUGCUCUUCGUAGAGCUAGUGCUGUUCUUAAGUCGCAGAAACCUGUACCAACUAAGAAACCUAAAGAAAAGAAGGAAUAAAUGUAUUUUUUAUUUACAUAAAAAAUUUAAAAUUUAUUACUUUGUUUAAAUUGAUUCCUUUGGAUGUAAUUUUGAUGGUCUUGAUUAUGAUUUUUUAAACAUUUUAUUAAAAAAUAAUGUAUUCACAUUUUUCUGAAUUUGAAAUUGAUAAAAUAUUGUCUAGUUACAUAUAAAAGAAAUAUGAUUUCACUACUAUUCAUUUUCAAAAGUGAUCAGUAAUAUGAAUCGUCUACUUGCAAUACUGGCUACAUCCAAACAUUUUCAGAACCAAUUUUAAAGUGCAAUAGUAUACUAUGAAAUAUGCUUUAUUACAUGGUAUAUUCUGAUUAUAUCAUAAGAUACUCCAUCUGACUGAAGUCUGCUCAAAUAUGGGUAUGCAGUGCAAAACUGGCCACAUCCAAUGUAAGUCUGUUUCAAAAGCAGCUUUAUUCAAAUUAUUGAAAUAAUUAACAAUGAAAUGUUCUCAGAAUUUAGCUAAAAAAGAUAUUUGUGAUGAUUCCAAAGAAAUACCACAAUCCAAUAUUUAAAUACCUGAACCCUAUUCGUUUAACUCUCUUGAAAAUCUGAUGUGUCAAACACAUGACGUUCCUAUCUAGUUAUUACAGGCUUUUUUCGGUUAUUUUAUAUUGUAGCACCUCUGUAAAUAUAGGUUAACUUAUAUACAUUUUCCACAUCUAACUCCAAACAUUUUUCUAUAUAAACUCAUUGCCAACGAAAAUGCUAAAAAAUUAAAUUUUAUACUUUUCCUCAAAUUUUUCCAUAACUGUUCAUUUUAAAGAAAUCUUGUAAAAAACAAAAAUUAUAGAGAUCGAUAUCGCCAUAUAUUAGUUCAACAAUUUUCUUAAAAAUCAAAAUUUUUCUACAUUUUGAAAAAUUUCUCGAAUACGGACCAUUUUAGGAAAAUUUUGUAUAGAACAAAAAUUAUAGAGAAUAAUAGAAGUAACUUUUAUUUAAAGAAUUUUCUUUUAUAAAAUAUGAAAAUGACCCCCGAUAAAGUACCCCCCAGAUGUCUAGACUCUGUCCAAAAUCUAAUCAGUUCACCGCAGGCUGGAAUAAAGCUUAAGUUUAAAAUUUGGUGUUUUUCUUUGUAUCCGUUCAUGAGUUAUCAUGGAUACAGACAUCAUGUCGAAAAUAGUCAAAACAGAUUCAGGGGAACCCAAAACGUAGAAAUCGUCCGAAAAAUCAUGAUUCCUAUACUUUCCUUAUCUGUAUACAGAUAGAAAAGUAAAAAUUGUUCAACAUUUUUAGGCUUUUUUUCUUCUGAAAUGUUAUUCAUUCUCAAUUUUUCCAGAUUUGUUCAAGUUUUUAUAACUUUAUUUUAUAAUACAAAAUAUAUUUAGGUAUUAGAACCACAUUUUCUGUAUUAUAUUUAUAAAACUUGAAAUAUUUAAAAAAGAUAUAUUUUUAUAUUUGUAAUGUGUCUUGAUUUUGAUCCAAUCUUCAAAUCUCUAUACCAUCUUGUUUAUUGGAACAGGAUUUUUUAAAUUGUCCCUAAUAAGUCACUAUUAUAGUAUACAUCCAAAUCUUCCUAAGAAUAUUCCUUACAUCAGUUCAUGGAACUAUAAUAAAUAUCAGUCAUCUAUAAUUACUCGUUUGAAGCUCAAUCACGGCCGAUUCCCUGCACAUUUAUGUAAAAUUGGAAUAUUGGAUUCUCCCUUUUGUCCAUAUUGCAAUAUAAACGCUGUAGCAGAUAUCAAUCAUUUAUUUUUAGAUGGUAAUAAAAAUGCUCAACAUACCACCGUAUUAUAUCAAGAUUUAAAUAAACUCCCACUUCCACUCAAUAUUUCUUCACUUUUAGUUCAAUCAGAUAAGAUCAUUUUUUGAUGCUAUUAUUAAAUUUACUCAAAAUACUAAGAUAUUUAACGUAAUAUAUAUGAAAAUUAUUAAGUUUAAACUUUCUGUGGUAAAUAGCUUGCAUGUCUGAUGCCAUCCCAUUACUAAAAAAAAAACAUGUCUAAUACAAUACAUAUUCAGAAACGAAUAUUUUCUUCAAAGUUAGGAAUAUUGGCAUUUUUGCGGUCUCAAUAUUUGCUAGAUCGGAUGUAGCCAGUUUUACAAGUAGACAACUAAUAAAGAAUUCAUUAAAUUAUUUUGUUUUGUAUUUCUAUAUACUAUAUAAGAGCAAAAAAGUCAAAUCGCUCUCUGCACUGGCAUUUCAGCUUCCUGUUUCAGUCUAAGGAACGUGAAACUAAAAACCGGGAUGUAAUUGUAGUCUAGAGAAGAAAGGAGUGCAGUAAUUUAAUUUGCAGAACAUACUACAGGUUCAAGAACCAGACAUUUUAUUUAUACCUCAUCUUUCUAUGCUUAUUUGUAGUUAAAAUGAAAAUUUUAAUAAAUCUGAUUGGCCGAAUAAAAGUUAUCCUUUAGAUUUAAUAAAAGCCACUAAAUGUGAGACCUAUACUGGAGUAUUUAAGCAGACAGUGUAUAACAGUAUUGAAGAGGAUACAGUUAUUGGAGAAGUCUCG